AUGGACAUGGUCUCGUCCUGCCAAUCGAACAACAUCCAUCAGAAGAGCUCAUCCGACUUUUUGGCACCGGCUUUUUGGCACCGGACAUCUCAGAGCACGACCGAUUGUGUGGAUCUCGAGCCGCCCAAGAGGAAAAGAAAGGCAUCUGAGAAGAAUUCAGCGCCCGCCAGGACCCGAGCACAGACGCCUCGUGCCAAAGCGCCAAAGAAGGGCAAGAAGAAAGCUGCAACGGCAAUGUCGGAUGUCACCGACGAGGAGACCGUCCAUGAGGAGGCCGAUGUAGCCGAGAAUGCCAGUAUCGCCCUUCCGCAGCCACCAAUCUCUUGGGUUUGCAGCUCGAAACAGAGGGUUUCUGUCAUGCUGUGA